GGCCGCGUUGGUGAAUAAGCAACAGGAAGUUACGUCAGCAAAAGGCUCAGCAGAUUUUAAAAUGUGAUUUUAAUGACUGCGUUGUUGACUAACAAGCAAAUGACUAAAACACAGCGAGGUUAUUAUUUGGAAGAAAAGAAAAAUCACUGAUUUCUUUUCGACGAAUUAAUUCUGAUCUUCCCUCUGCUGUAAUUUCCCUGAGCAUCAUCAGCAGCAAUGGCAGCCGGGCAGUGAGACACAUGUCACAACAGUCUGUGAGCCGAAUAACAUUUACGCUGGGGCCGAGAGAAGACAUAUAAGCAAAAUGUCUCGGCACAGAAAUGUUCGCGGUUACAACUACGAUGAAGACUUUGAGGAUGAUGAUAUGUAUGGACAGUCUGUGGAUGAUGACUACUGUAUAUCACCAGCAACAGCAAAUCAGUUCAUCUACUCGCGUCAAGACAGGCAAGCGCCACGGGAGGAAACUUUAGAAGAGGAAGAAUACGAAGAUGAGGAUGUCCCCAUGUCCCCCACCGUCACUCAUGACCUUGACCCUCUUGAUCAAGCAAAACUCUAUUCUUGCCUGGACCAUAUGCGGACUGUGCUUGGAGAAACCAUGCCAGACUCAGUCCUGACUCAAGCAGCCAUGAGGUGUGGGUUUGACCCACACAAGGCACUGGAUGCAGUCCUGUCUGAAGACACAAAGACAGCCCCAGUUCCCAAAAUUACAAGUGAAGAGACUUCGGUAGCAAGAGUUAGCCAGGAAAACGCGCCGCUUCCUCAAAGAACCAAACAAGAGGCCGUGGCUGAGAAAGGAGCCUGCUUGUUUGCUUCUCACACAGACAUUACACCCAAGACACAACCCACUCAGCCAGAGGUGCAAGCAAGUGCACUAAACUUGCGUGACCUCUUAUCGCAUCAUAAGGCUAACCCUAUGUUAGGCAGCUCUGAAAAUCCAAAUUUGAGCCGUCAAAAUGUUAGUCCAGAUGUUGGUGGCACCAGUCUGGCACAGCUCAUGUCUGAGCAUGUGCAAAAGAGUAAGGUGUCAGGAGUAGCUGAUGCAGGGCGAGGUCUGGGUAUUCCCUCAUUAAGUGCUGUCAACGUGGGAGCUAAUUCACCUCCGUCCAAUAUCUUUAAUCUGAAUAGUCUUUCACUGGGAACACUGGCAUCUUUAAACAUGUCUUCAACCUCUCACAGCUCAGCUCCCUCCCUCCUUUCAGUUCCACUCAGUAGUCUGUCGCUAAACAACCCCAAGAUAACAACUGCAAGCUCUUCUCUGCCUGUCCCUCCUGGGUUUGGGAGUCUCAGUUCUGUACUCCAGAGCAAUCAGCAGGCAAUGGGAAUUGGGAUUGGAGUCAAACCCACAAUGGCUGAUCCUAAGGGAAGCCCAUCAUUGGCUGAUUUAAUCCAGGAGCAUUCAAACCGCAGCCCAACUUCUGUCAGUAACUCCUUCCCUACUCCCCAGAGCAGCAUAACUUCUGUGAAGUGUCAGGGGAUCGCUGCACCAGCACAAACACUCUUGCUGUCUGAGCUUGCGUCACAGCACCAAAACAGGAAUACAAAUAUUCAGUCUCAAUCAAUGAGCACCGAACCACCAGCAAACACCCUCAGCUAUUCUAAACCAACCAACAUUACUCCUGCAUGCCUAGGUGGGACUGUCUCGUUGUCUCAGCUAGCCCUGCAGCAUCAAAGCAACAGUUCCUUAGCUUCCCCUCACCCUGUGAGCACUGAACCUCCAGCAAAUGCACUGCAGCAACCACCUGGCAUUUCUGAGCAGCUCUCUUUGUCACAUUUGGUGUCUGCACACAAAGGCAAAACCUCAACCACCUCAAAUGGGUCACGUUACUCUCUCACCUCGCUCCUCUUACCAGCAAAACCAGAGAGCGCUGGUGUGCUAGCAGAAAGUACUCCAGAGGGUGGGACCAACCACAAACCAUGCAACCAAAACUCUAAGCCGCCUAAGCUGAGGCAGACUAUUGAUCUGAGUGCACUCAUGGCCCAGUCAGAUGGCGUGAGCCCUCGUCACUUCGACAACGACCUCCCUUCACCGUCCUCUCCUACUCCAGUUGUCAUGGGUCGGGAUUGUUCUAUUUUUGCAGAACCAUCAGUAUUUGCAAUUACCUUGUCGAUUCAAAGCCGCACACCACAGAAGAGGAUGAAGAAUAGAGUGAGGGGGAAAACAAGGGGUCAGAGACCAGGAAGUAGUUACCAGGCCUUCCUGUGUACAUUGCAAGACAAACACGGAGAGCAGCAUACCCCGCUCUCACCAAUUGCACCAUUCCGCUUCGACACGCCUUCACCUGACGACAUUGUCCGUGCUAAUCAGCAAAAGGCUUUCACCAGGUAGACAAGGACCUGAAAAGCUCUUAAUUCAGUUGUGUGCAGUAUGGUGCUAAAUUGACUCACUUGGACGAGAACCCUUUGGCAGCCUUUGCUCCACAGACUGAACGAAACUCAAAAAGUUGCAGCACUCAGGGUCAUCAGUCCUUAUGAGACUUUUUUAGCUGUGUACCACCUAUCAGUCAUGUAAAGUCACAACACUUUUGGGACCAACAGAACCACAGAAUGGCAGACUCGCUGUCUGGCAAUGAGUCUCCCAUAGCUACAUAAUAGAGAACGAUCAUGUUUUAGUCAAACAGGAUCAAAAUCUACCGCUCAGUUACUCUGGCAGCUUGAGAAGAAUUGCAGCUAAUGCUGUGUUAACACUGCAUGGUACAGUUCAGAUCAGCUUGACUCGCUCUCUUUUAUUUGUCUGUGUUAAAAAUUGUGGUUUGGCUGCCCGACACCUGGUGCCUUUUUUGGUAUCAGCUUUUUCAAAGUACCAAGCACAGUGAGCACAUACUAAAUGGUGAAGUGAAAACACUUCAGAGCUCUGAUUGGUCAAGGAAUCAUCACUAGAGCAGUCACAUACGUCACAUGGAGCCCUCAGAGUCAUAACAUCAUCUGUACUCUGAUGUGGGAUUUCCCAAACUCUCCAGUCUUUUUCUGAAACAAAGUUUGUCUCCCUGCUGUGACAAACAAACAUCCCUUCGAUGUCCUCCAUUGUUCCUGUGUUUUGGUCAUUUUAAUAUGAUAUUGUGGCAGUUUGACAUUGCAUCUUUAGUGGAAAAAUCAAGAACACCACCAAAAGUAGGUUGAGUGUAACAAAGCUGUACCAUGCAGUGAAAACACGGCUCAAAUAAACUUUCUACUAUUCAUCUUUUAAGAACUUUUUAGAUUAGCUUUUUUCUCAUUUACUGUAGUAGACAUUUUUUUUUUUGACAUUUUAAAUUUGAAUCUUAUUUUUGUAUGCUUAGAUUGCUGUAAUCUUUUUAAAUUGAUUUUUUUUGUAUGACGGUAAAAUAGUUUAAUCAUAGUCUGGGACAUUUCUAAGUAUAUCUCUUUUUUGUAUGGCCUCUUUUACUAGUUUUGAGCGGCAUGAAGCCUCAAAAGAGAAGAAAGAGGUUGAGUUUGUUUGCAGGUGUGCUGCAGCUAUUGGAAUAUGGAUCAGUUAACCAUCGUACUGGUUUACUGCUGCCUGUGUUUGAGAUCAUAGGGUAGACAUUUUGGUUUUCGAGGACACCUGGAGAUUUUCCCAUGAAGGAGGGAAAUGUACACACACACACACACACACACACACACACACACACGCACACGCGCACACACACACACACACACUUUUAAUGUUUGAUACUGAAGAAAUGAGUUCAUUAUGAGUGCAAGCACUGUAAAUAAAGACUGUACAGAAUGAACAAAAUGAAUGCAUUCAGCCCUGAACUAAAAGAGGUUUUUCUUGCUCUUACAAACUUUUAAUAUUACGAUGUACAAAUACACUGGGUGUGUCAUCACACUCAGAAUUGAAUUUGUCAAUUUUCAAAUAAAGAUGACUGACUAUAUGAACUAUGAA